UAAGUUAUAUUUUUUCUGUUGCAUCGACGCGUCACCAAUCAUGUACUGCCAUUUUUGGACAUAUAUUUAAAUAUAAUUAAAACGACGAAGAGCGGGGCAGGGAUUUUGAGUCCCUUUAUAAGUGUGGUUAAACCUUCCCAGUGAUAUCAAAGUAGUUUCAAACACUCCAGUGUACAUUAGUAGUUUUAUCCCUCUAGUGCAGCAGCAAGUGUACCAUACCGAGUUUAGAAUGGCCGCCCUCAAGAUCGUUUUGGUUACCGUUUGCGUGUUCGGAGUCAGCCAGGCCGGAGUGCUUUUGCCGGGAGCUCGAUUGGCCGCUGCCCCACUUGCAGCAGCAGCAGUUCCCGUCAUCAACACCAGCUACGAUCCUUUGCCACAGUAUACCUACGCGUACAAUGUUCAAGAUGCCCUUACCGGCGAUCAUAAGAGCCAGCAAGAAACGAGAGACGGCGAUGUUGUGAAAGGCUCCUACUCGCUGGUUGAACCGGACGGCACUGUGCGCACCGUGAUCUACACUGCGGACCCGAUCAACGGUUUCAACGCAAUCGUCCAGCGCGGCCCUCUGGUACACAAGGCUGUGGUGCCCGUGGCCGCAGCCCCAGCUGCCGUUGUCGCACCAGUUACUAGAGUAUUUGGUUAGGUUUAGUUAGACUGCUUUUUUUUUCUUGUUACUACUCACUCUUCCGAGAUAGACUGAUUCAAACCAACCAAUGUUAACUGUACACUGUAGUCGUUAAAUAAAUCAAUGUUUACCUAAAUGAAACAAAA